CACUGCGCUCAUUCCAGUUCUAUGCUGCCGCUGGGGUCCUGUUGCGCUGUCGCCUCCGUCGCCUGGGUCCCUACGGCCGUGACUCUCCGCGGGGGCAUCCUCCCCCACCCCGGGCGCAGACACCAUGUACGGGUUUGUGAACCACGCGCUGGAGCUGCUGGUGAUCCGCAAUUACGGCCCGGAGGUGUGGGAGGACAUCAAAAAAGAGGCACAAUUAGAUGAAGAAGGACAGUUUCUUGUCAGAAUAAUAUAUGAUGAUUCUAAAACUUAUGAUUUGGUUGCUGCUGCAAGCAAAGUCCUCAAUCUCAACGCUGGAGAAAUACUCCAAAUGUUUGGGAAGAUGUUUUUUGUCUUUUGUCAAGAAUCUGGUUACGAUACAAUCUUGCGCGUCCUGGGAUCUAAUGUCAGAGAAUUCCUACAGAACCUCGAUGCUCUGCAUGACCACCUUGCUACUAUCUACCCAGGCAUGCGUGCACCUUCCUUUAGGUGCACUGAUGCAGAUAAGGGCAAAGGACUCAUUCUGCACUACUACUCAGAGAGAGAAGGGCUUCAGGAUAUUGUCAUCGGGAUCAUUAAAACGGUAGCUCAACAAAUACAUGGCACUGAAAUCGACAUGAAGGUUAUUCAGCAAAGAAAUGAAGAAUGUGAUCAUACUCAAUUUUUAAUUGAAGAAAAAGAGUCUAAAGAAGAGGAUUUUUAUGAAGAUCUUGACAGAUUUGAAGAAAAUGGUACCCAGGACUCACGCAUCAGCCCCUACACCUUCUGCAAAGCUUUUCCUUUCCACAUAAUAUUUGACCGGGACCUAGUGGUCACUCAGUGUGGCAAUGCCAUAUACAGAGUGCUUCCCCAGCUCCAGCCUGGCACUUGCAGCCUUUUGUCUGUCUUCUCUCUGGUCCGUCCUCAUAUUGACAUUAGUUUCCAUGGGAUCCUUUCACACAUCAAUACGGUUUUCGUAUUGAGAAGCAAGGAAGGAUUGUUGGAUGUAGAGAAAUUAGAAUGUGAAGAUGAACUGACUGGGACUGAGAUCAGCUGCUUACGUCUCAAGGGUCAAAUGAUCUACUUACCUGAAGCAGACAGCAUACUUUUCCUGUGCUCACCAAGUGUGAUGAAUCUGGACGAUUUGACGAGGAGAGGCCUGUAUCUCAGUGACAUCCCUCUGCACGAUGCCACGCGGGACCUCGUUCUUUUGGGAGAACAAUUCAGAGAGGAAUACAAACUGACCCAGGAGCUGGAAAUUCUGACAGACAGACUGCAGCUCACGUUAAGAGCACUGGAAGAUGAAAAGAAAAAGACAGACACGUUGCUGUACUCCGUCCUUCCUCAAUCUGUUGCCAAUGAGCUGAGACACAAGCGUCCCGUGCCUGCUAAACGAUAUGACAACGUGACCAUCCUCUUCAGUGGCAUCGUGGGCUUCAACGCGUUCUGUAGCAAGCAUGCCUCUGGGGAAGGGGCCAUGAAGAUUGUCAACCUCCUCAAUGACCUCUACACCAGAUUUGACACACUGACUGAUUCCCGGAAAAAUCCAUUUGUGUAUAAGAUAACAAUAGGGAUACACACUGGCGAGGUGGUCACAGGGGUCAUAGGGCAGAGGAUGCCUCGCUACUGUCUUUUUGGAAAUACUGUCAACCUCACAAGCAGAACAGAAACCACCGGAGAAAAAGGAAAAAUAAAUGUGUCUGAAUAUACAUACAGAUGUCUUAUGACACCAGAAAAUUCAGACCCACAGUUCCUCUUGGAGCACAGAGGCCCAGUGUCCAUGAAGGGCAAGAAAGAACCAAUGCAAGUUUGGUUUCUAUCCAGAAAAAAUACAGGGACAGAGGAAACAAACCAGGAUGAUAACUGAAUCUUGGACUGCGGGAGGAAGACUGGGAUUAGGUUCCGGUUGGUUAUCCCCUAACAUCUGGCAAGCCUAGGAGCAGUUGUUAUUUAUGGAUACAAAUUCUUGUUUUGUCUUUUUCAGUGAUCCCAAGCCUAUCUCUUAGGUAUAUCUUUCACUACUCAUUACUCAACUUUAGCUCUGCUUUGGAUUCUUUUCAAGGUUUAAUACAAUAUCCAAAGUUCAGCUUUAGAUGUGGAUGAUAUGUGCUUCAUGUGUCUUAAAAUCUACUACAAGCAUUACUCAACAUGGUAAUUUGUAAGUAGUAGACACCCAAUACAUAUUUGUUGAAUUUAGUUAAAUGAAACUGAACAGUAUUUGGCCUUGUGUAUACAGAUCAUGGUUGACCAAAUCUGUCUCAUGCUUCAUAUAUAUGUAUAUGUAUAUUUUAAUGACUAUAACACAUAACAAACUUUAUAUCAUGAUGGUGUAUAGCAUUAUAGGAAUCAUUUUCUAAAGGAGUGGAUUGUAAGUUUUAGGGAGAAAAAAAUGAUUUAUUUUCAGACUCCCAAAGUAAGGAUUAGUAUAUCAUGCUAAGAAAAUAGGGACUAUUUUGAAGUGUGUCGAUUUCCCUUCAGAAAUAUAGAACACACGUGUCUGUUGUUAAAAUAUUUGGUUGCUCAUUCAAAUCAUGUGGCAAUUGUAAUUCCUGUAAAAUGCUAUUGUUUGUAAUGUAGCCCUUGUAUUAAAUCUCAUUAACUACACACAGUGGUCACAGAAAACUGCACUCUUCCCCCGUGAGCUAUUACAUUAGCUUGGGAUACAGGUUCAGGACUCUAACCACUUCCAAGACUACAACUGGGACACUCUGUCAAUCAGAGCCAUUCCUGGCCUUUUAUUCUCAGAAAUGAACGUCUUUUUCUUAGUUCAGAAGGAUGUGAUUAUAUCUAGGGCAUCAUGUUCAGAUAACUCAGUUUAAUUGCAACGUAGAAUGCAUUCCUAUUGGAAUAAUUGGCCUGUUCUUAAAUGUCUCCAUAAUUUAUUAAUAUCUAUCUUUACAAAAUAUAGUGCAACUACUUUUGUGUAAAAAUGUUCGUCUUUAAAUUUAGUAUUUCAUAUCAACACAUCGAUAUAUGUAUAGAGUUCCAUGUUAAUGUGUAAAAGAAUCUGCAAUAAAUUAUUUUUUCCACUUG